CGUCCCCACCAUCAGACCCCAACUAUAAACAAGCGGAGCGCCCUCCAGGUUAGCCGUGGCUAGGCUAACCAACUUUCUUACCCCCGCUCAGUCAGCUCACCUGGGUCCACCUGCACAUUUGAAGUAGCCUACUCCUCUAAAAAAAGUCACCUGACCAAUGGACAACUGCAGUGCCAGAUCAACCACGGGGCUACUUUUGGGCUUUGAUCAUGAAUGACAAACUAGUCUUCUUGGGCCUGCUAUACUUUGUCCAGGGCAUCCCCUAUGGUCUCCAGUCUUCCCUGCUUCCCAUCUACCUGCGUGGAGCUGGUCACUCCCUCACCCGAAUCGGUUUCACCAAGAUCCUCUACUUCCCCUGGGUCCUCAAGGUUCUCUGGGCCCCUUUCGUGGACCGAGUGGGCAGCAAGCGGCGCUGGCUGGUGGCCACAGUGUCGGGGCUGGCUCUGACAUGCCUCUCCAGUGCCGCCCUGGCCCCGGAGUCGCAUAUCUGGGGAGUAGCUGGAACACUGCUGGCCAUGAACAGCCUGGCCUCAGUUCAGGAUAUCGCCGUAGACGGGGCCGCAGUGGGGUUAUUGAAAGGGCGCGGGGAGCUGGGGCUGGGGAACACCGCCCAAGUCGUGGGCUACAAAGCCGGAUCGGUGUUCGCUGGAGGGGGGCUCCUGGCUGUGAUCGACGUGGCUGGAUGGAGCUGGAUGUUCAUGCUGCUGACGUUCGUGUAUGUCGGAGUGGCUCUGUUUGUGUGGGGGGCUCCUGUGCUGGAUGAGGAGACCGUCAGGGGCCAGCAGGCCGACAGCAGCAGGAAGGGAGGGCAGGGAGCAGACGCUUUGAGGCCAUGGAGGGUGUGGAGGAAACUGCUGGCAGUACCCGGCACAUCUUGGACAGUCCUGUAUGUGCUCACAUACAAACUGGGUGAGCAGGGUGCCGUGACCAUGUUCCCUCUUUUCCUGCUGGAUCACCACAUGACCGCCCGGGAGCUCGGCUUCUGGAACGGCGUCAUCGCCAUGGGCUUCUCCAUCUGUGGGUCGUCCCUGGGAGGCCUGCUGCUCGCUCAGUUCAGCAUCGGGGCUCUGAUGCGACGCGUGUUUGUGUUGCGAACCGUCAGCAUGGUCUUCCAAAGUUCACUGCUCACCAUUUUGGAACCAUCACCUCUCAUGAAAGGUAUGGCAGUCCUGAGCAUGAGCGUUCAACACUUCCUGGGUGGUCUCAUCACCACGCUCACCUUCACUACCAUGAUGCAUUGCACCCAGCGGGCCGAGGAAAGCAUUCAGGCGACCCACUACAGUUUCCUGGCGACUCUGGAGGUGCUGGGAAAGCUGACGUUCAGCGCUCUGGCUGGAGGCGUGGUGGAUUGGUUUGGUUUCCAAGUUGCCUUCCUCUUCUUCCUCACCCUCUCCGCUGCAACGGCCCUGCAUGUGUGGACGGCGACUUUCACUGGUGCCCUCAGGGAACACCAGCUCAAAGAGCAGCCCAAAUGAGAUCAGGAUGAAAAGUCUGAUUUAGGGCAUAUGAAGGUGCUGAAAAAAAAAGAAAAAAAAAAGGGGGUCAAAUAUAAAAACUGAUAAUACUAUUAGUAUUUAAGCACACUGUAAGUUCUUAAAUCCUCUUAAAUGUAAUACUCAUGACAUCAGCAAAUCAUUUCAAUAUAAAAGAUCUUAAAUAAGACUUUUAGCCAUUUUCUUAAAGGAGCAAUCAGCCAUGGGGUUAAGUACUUUACUGCAGUGAGCUUUUUUUUUCCAAAUGUAACUUCACUGGCAAAACUGGUCUUACAUUUAUAUCAUUUUGCUUUUGAAAUGUUUGCGGAAGUCUUAACUUGUAUGUACAGUGACUUGAUGAAAAUACUGUGUAGAUAAAGAGUAGCGUGUCGAGUAAUCUGAGCAGAAUGGGAUAGUUGGAUCUAGUUGGUUGGUUGUAUUUAAUAAGGUCUGUCAGACAGUGACAUAUAGUCAGGUAUUGAGUGCUUAGGAUCAAAGGGAACUAUAAUCAAAGCUGUUUUAAUCAUCUGAGCCAUUUUAAUAUUGUUAUACAGCAGAAAUAAGAGCUGUAGCCAAAAGCAAUACCGCUGCAUUAUGAUGCUUGUUCUGUCAUACUGUACUGUAUAUUUUGUUGGUCAUUCUUCUCAGUUGUAUGGUUUACAGGUGUCAAUGUUUAAAUCUCUACUACCUCGUAUCAGCACUGUAUGGUACGAUACACGGGAGGCGAAUGUACAGUAGCUAUGUUACUUACGCUAAAACACGCGGCCAAAGUGGGUUUGCAGCUACGAGGGCUUAGAAAAGCUCUUGUUUGAGGAGCAUUGAACACUUAUUUUCACAGCACAGUCCCCAUCCAUGUGUAACUGAAUAGGUUAACCCAGAUAUAUGUAGGAAACCUCAGCCUUACAUACUGCACAGUGCCAUCUUAUCUCAUUUACAAACCCAGUUUUCGAUAAAACUUGAAUGAUCAAUACCACUGGGAGACUGGGGCUCCUGCUAUUAUCGUAUGACUUUUGUGUUUUAUGUUUAAAAUAUGUCAUCUGCAGUAUAAUACAGUAUGUAUUAUAGACUGUACUGUAACUCUCCAUGGUACUGUAUCCUAUAGAACAUCUUUUUUUCUCCAGGCCUAAAAUAUAAAUGAAAUGGCAGCGUAGUGUUUUGUUUUGUUUCUCUAUUCGCCAGUCUCUGUGAGAAUGAAGCCGUGGCCUCCAUGUAGGUGAAUGUAUUAAUAGAAUUAAGUCGUGAAACCGAUUCUAGUUCUGACAGAAAGCGCAAAAAGACGAGGAGUGACUGAGUUAAAUAAAGUGAGUGAGUAAGUAAGUUUUGACUAAGUUAGCUGGUCACCCCGCUUACAAGACCAUAAUAAAUACAAGGAUGCCAUAUGACACUGUUACUGGUUUAUUCAUGUAGCCAGGUCCUCUGUCAUGCCAAGACUUACAAAGUCUCUUGUCCCUCAGCUACUGCCUGAGAUUUGCACAAAAAUAAACCUGCUAAGUGAA